AGGGUUUAGCCCCGGCUGCAGCCGGUCACUCCCCUCCAAUUUCCGCGCUGUAUAAAAGUCGGCGAACGGAGAGCUACCGUCCGUUUCUCCGAUUAUUGCUCCUUCGAAGUCACUCUCUUUUUUUCGCCUCGCCCGUUUCCUGGUCCCGAGAGCUGGCGCUGGAGAGCUAUUUGGAUCAUCCAGCCCAUCAAGGGAAUGCCCCAUCAAUGGUGCAUCCUCGGAUGGCACAAUCUCCUUCAUCAUCCGGCAUCUUUUUCCAAGGAGACGGUGGUCAGUCACACGGAGUUGGGAAUCCCCACUUAUCCUCUUCAUUUUCAAACUCAUCAAAUUUAGUACACGGGAGUGCAGGACGGUCAAACCUUGGUCAUGUGUCUGGAGACGCCGUUUUGAACAGUGUGGCAAGCUCCGGUCCUAGUGUUGGGGCAAGUUCUUUAGUCACUGACGCAAACUCACCACUUUCUGCCGGUCCCAAUAUUCAGAGAAGUGAUUCUUAUAUGCGUUUGCCCGCGUCCCCCAUGUCUUUCACAUCGAAUAAUAACAUCAGUAUCUCUGGAUCAUCCAUCAUUGAUGGAUCAAAUCAAGACCCAAUAAACUCUCAGCAAAAUCACCGAGGAGGAUCUAGUGCCACGUCGUCCUUGCCCACUUCAAGGAUAGGUCAGGUGCAACUGCCCAACGGGGCAGGAUUGAGAGGCAACGGUUCUUUCAUUCAAGAUCCUACAAUCUCCCAGCUGCAAAAGAGACAGCGGAUGGAGAUGAAGCAGGAAGACAUUCUGCAGCAACAAGUUCUGCAACAGUUACUGCAACAAAGGCAAGAUCAGAUGCACCUUCAGAACCCCAACCCACAAUUUCAGGCAUUGAUUCAACAGCACAGGCUAAGGCAACAGCAGCAACAAAUUUUGCAGUCUAUGCCAGUGGCACAGCGAAACCAGCUGAUACAGCAGCAACAACACCAGUUGCAGUUGAGACAACAACUUCAACAAGGAAUGCAGACUGGUUCUGCUGCUGUGAAACGGCCCUAUGAUUCCGGGGUUUGCUCUAGGAGGCUAAUGAAAUACUUGUAUCAUCAGCGCCAAAGGCCUCCCGAAAAUUCCAUUGCCUACUGGAGGAAAUUUGUGGCUGAGUAUUACUCUCCACGUGCAAAGAAAAGGUGGUGCUUGUCAAUGUAUGAUAAUGUUGGUCAUCAAUCGUUAGGGGUCUUUCCUCAGGCAGCUAUGGAUGCCUGGCAGUGUGAGAUUUGCAAUUCCAAAUCUGGAAGAGGAUUUGAGGCAACAUUUGAAGUUCUUCCUAGACUAAAUGAAAUUAAAUUUAGCAGUGGCGUUAUUGAUGAGCUUUUGUUCCUGGACAUGCCUCACGAAUAUCGGUUUCCAACCGGGAUAAUGUUGUUAGAGUAUGCAAAGGCAGUUCAGGAAAGUGUUUAUGACCAACUCCGUGUUGUUAGGGAGGGUCAGCUUCGCAUAAUUUUCACCCCUGAUUUAAAGAUAUUAUCCUGGGAGUUUUGUGCGCGGCGCCAUGAAGAACUUUUACCCAGGAGAUUAGUUGCGCCACAGGUGAACCAAUUGCUUCAAGUUGCACAAAAAUGCCAGACCACAAUAUCAGAAAGUGGACCCGAUGGGGUUUCUCAGCAGGACUUGCAAGCAAACAGCAAUUUGUAAGUGAUAAUUCAAGUGUUGGUGCAAUGCAAAUCACUUUUUUGGCAUCCUUUUUCGCUUAUCAGCAAGUUUUUCACCAACGGCUAACUUAGAUUAACUCUGAAGGAAAAAAAAAGUAUGGUCCAUAU